AUGGCAGGGAAAAGUGAAAAUAGGAGGAAGCCUCCCCAGUACUCUUCCGUUUUAGGAGUAAGGUAAGAAUGAAAACACUUAUUAUUUGAAAGCAGAAAAUAAAUCCCUUUCUUUGUGAUUCAAAACUAAACCUUCCCUACGGGUGGAAUCGGAUACGUCGCCCUAUUUUUCACAGCCAGCCGCUCGCUCCCCUUACACUCAGAAACGCUGCACAGCCUGACAGACCGGCCGGGAAAAAAAACAAUUCCUCCAGAGCAGGAGCUGCGAUUGGUCGCUCAGCCCUUGACUGCAGCGGCAGCUCGACGUGGCUCUCUCGCCGCUCCAUUGGCCGCCGAGUUGCGGGGCGGAGCCUCCGCUCGUUCUGCGUCGGAGACCAAACAAACCCGGCGCCCAGUCCGAAGGGAAAGGAGGCGGGGCUCGCAGGCCCUCGGCUGUAAAUGCGAUCACGUGACGCCACUGUUUACAUCCUCUCAGCUGUUUGGCUCUUUUUCGCCUUCUCUCUCGCUCCCCGCCCCCCUCCGCCUCUCGCAGCAACACAAACAGUCGGGACCCGCGGCGGCGCGUGAAGGGGGCGGAGAGUGGCUGACCCUGAAGAGCGCCUGCCCUGGCCCACCCUUCGCCCUCCUCAACCACCCCGUUGGCCGUCUGAAAACAAGCUCCCUUUUACCCCCCCCUCCGCCCCCUGAGAAGUGGGCGCCUGAGGGCUUUCCUUCCCCGGCCCCGCUUCCCUCAAACUCACGCCAAAGCUUCCCUCUCCCUUUCCCCCUUCGGGAGCCAGAGGACACUGCGGAAGGGUGAGUGUCUGGUGGUGGACUCACGGGGGGGGGCGGAGGGGAGAGUGAGAGGGGCAGUUGCUGGGGAAGAAGAGCAACGGCGGGGGCCGCCGAGGCGCUUAUGGCGUCGCCGACGUCGGGGCUGGAGCCCAAUGUCCCAGCUAGUGAUUCUGCGCCCGCAUUUCCUCCCCCGCCCCCCAUCGCGUCCGGCACGAAGGCCGUUGAGAAGUCCAGCGGCGCGAGACCAACUGUCCGCGCACCACUCGCCUGCCCCCCCCCCCCCCCAGCGGAGCGCUCGUUGUGUUGGCACCUCUUGACGCGGGAAGGCCCGCGUUGGGGAAAGCGGAUGGGUGAGGAGGAGAGCGCAAAAGGGACUCGGAGACGCUUCCUGCUUUCUCCUUCCCUGCGCAGUUAAAGCAGCACGGCUAGGUGGGUUGGUUUUUUAAUUUACAUAUAUAUCGGGAAGCGUAAGUGCUUCCCUUGUUUAAUUCGGGAUCCUGAGACCGGUCGGGAUGUUGGUGGGGGGAGAGAGAGGGGCAAAUAAUGUUCACCUGCCGCUCUCUCGCAACCUUCUUCCCUCCCCACCGCGGUUCUAGCAAUGAAACGAGGCGGGCCUUUCUGCUCUCCGUGCUUUUGCCUCGGAGCCGGGGCUAUAAAAGGAUAAACAAGUUGGUGGAGUCUCCGCCGACGCUGCCGUCUGUCUGCUCCUCUCCUUGCUCUGCCUUUUUGGCCGCCAGUUGGCUUCGUUUUGAAGAGGUGCCAAAGAGGAAGAGGAGAGCAAAUGAGCCGCUCCACAAUAAAGAGGCGGAGGGCGCCAGAGUCGCCUCGUCACAAGGUUGAUGGGGGGGGGGGACAGAAGCAACGUCAUUUGUGUCCCCUCCAUUCCAGAAUUGUUCCCUACAAAUCAUCCCUCCCCUACCCGAGUUAAAAGAAGCCACGCUUGGCCUUAACGUCUCUGACGACACGGGCCAGGAAAAUGUACGCGUCAAUACAUUUCUCAGGCUUGGACGUGCCACCAGGCACUCUGUUGUGUUUGUUGCAACAAGCUGGCAUGGCUCCUCCUCAGGAACUUGUCACAUUUUCCUUCUGUUUACACUGAAGGUUCUGCAUUGAACGCUGGAGGGGGAGAGGCAAGGGGGCUUGACUGCUGGAGAGGCGCUUGCCAUUUGCUCUCUUGUUUCUAUUUUGGCUGGAAGGAAAAACGAGGGCGGCCCCUCUGCAUGGUUUACAGAGACUUGCCUCUAGCUCCUUGCUCUCACUUGUGGGCUUCCUGCAUUUCUGCUCCCUCCUUUGUGUGCACAGUUAGGUGCUCAGAAAGUCUCUGUGUCUGGCUCCACGGUAGAGGAAGAAGUCUUUUUUUGUACGUUGUUUGUAACGCAGCAAAGCAACACAGGGCCUGGCUUUUGCUAUCUCCUCUUUCUGGUGUGUUUGCCAAAGGAAAGGACCUCUUGUGAUGGCUGCUGUUGACCUUGAGGCAAAAGCUAAGAGAUAAAUAUCGAAAGGGAGUCAAGAAUCUGUGAUUGCAGAAUGUGGCCUCCCAUUCAAUUUGUGAUUACUGGCUAGUCUCCUGGUCUGACCUAGUUCAGAGCCAUUUAUAUUUGCUCAUUGUAGUACUGACUGGAGAGGGUCAGUUGUACAACACUGAUAUUUGGAAAUAUGAAAUACCACGUGUUAUUUUUAAGUAAGAUAAAAACAAACCACUCAGCACUGCUUUUACAUUUCAUCUAAGAAGAGUAAAACAUUGGAUGCAAAACAUUUUUUUCUGCCUCUAAUUCAUAUUUAUUCUAUUUGAAGCAUUUAUUUGAAGCCUUAAAAGGUUCUCAUAGUGGCUUACAAAAAUAAGUACUGAGAGGUAUGCUGCUGUCAGACUUUAAUACACAACAGAAAAAUAUAUUGUGGCAAGGGUGUAUAAAGCAAACUCAGGGAGCUAUACAGUAGUUCUUAGUUACAAAGUUCUUUAUAACUGUUAAUUCUAGAGGACUAGGUAGGUGAAAGAAGCUUCCUUUAGUUCUUUCUCUGGCCAAUGAAUGGAGCCAGGUUGGUUUUUCUCUUGCAGCCUUCCAGUGACUUGUGGUUUACUGGUCAGUGGAGCAUGUGCUGCCUACCAGUUGCUGUCCCUGGGUAAGGGGAAACUGAGUUCCCUUUAGCAAAUAUUGUUAGAUUUGGUGCCAAAGUAAAAGACCUAAUGUUGCACUUGUCACUGUAGAACAAAUUAAACUUGACAUCUUAUUUUGCUGAAGGUCUGUUCAUUACUGCAGAAGUGGCCUGAUCGUAUUCUUUCUUCAUAUGCCAGUAGCAGCUUAUGGUAGUUGUUGGUACCUAAUAUAAGGUGUGCAAAAUAUGUGACAAUAUUAACAAGCUUGCUUUGUCAUGUUCCAGACAGAAGAGGUACAUGAAGGGCCUGAGGGGAAAACAUCCAUGAAGAAAGCAGGGGGGAAAGAGGCAACAUAGCAAUGAGAUAUACGCUCUUGGCUACCAAAAAGCAUUGUCGUCCCCGCCUCGCCCCCCGCCCACCAUAACCUCACUUCUGAUAACAACCCCACAUCAUCCACGCAUGGAACAGUGUGAUUAAUACUAAUGGUGUUCCUGCUGUAGAACUUAGAUCAUAUCAAGUCCACAUUACCUUCUUCCUAGCCCAAUGCCUAGGUGAACAGUGGCAUGCCUAAAGUCACAAGUUAGGGUUGCCAUAUUUCAAAGAGUGAAAAUCUGGACACAAAAGUUGAGCUUUGAAAUUGUUGAAAUCAACAUGCAGGGAGGAAGAAUAUGAAUAUGAAUUUUAAGUUUCCAUUUCGAAAUUCAUACGCUUCCUGAACAAGCUUGUAUACAAGUUAUAGUAAGUAAAAACAUACUGGUUUGCAACCAGUUGAACCAUUUGUACAGCUGGGUGCAUAAUCAUAACUUUAUUUCUCUUUUGUCUGAUAUGGUUGGUAGAAGAGAAGGGGGUAAGGGACAGUCACCUCAGCUUCUCUGUUGAAUUCAGUGAGAUAAUUUUAUAUCACCUAUCUGGUUGGCAUACUAUUACACUGGCUCCAGGUGCAGGACUGACGUUGGAAAUGAGUGUAGGAUUCUAGCUAAGCUUUUCGUUUGUUCCCUUCCACACUCCCGUUUUGACCACGUUUUCUUCUUGUGCUGGCAUUGCCAGCAUAGUUGUGUCAGUGUUGUUAUACUGCUGGCAAGACAGUAAUAUUACACUGGUGUGAAUACACUAUACCAGCAUAAUGUCUUGCUGGUGCAGCAGAAUUUAAUAGUAAUUCUAUCCCUGCCCAGCAGAUAUAACUUGAUGAUAGGAUGUCUCUGUUUAGUCUUUUGUUUUUUAAAAUGUUGCUUAGUUUAAGGCCUAGUACUGCAAGUGCCUUUUUAUGCAGUUUUUCAAGGUCUUGAUGAGUUUCAUUUAAGUUUUCCUCUGUAUAGUAUCUGUGAAUAUUUGACGGCAUUUAGACAAGAUUGCCUUUUUUGCAAACAAAAGGAGUGAGGAGAAAAAAUGUUUCCAAUUGUGUUUAAAUAUAUAGCUAGAAAUUAAAGUUUCAAAUGCCAGGAAUGUGGUCUUCUGUUAUUUUUAGACUUGACCUCACUUGCAUUUUCUCAUGAUGCAGUAAUUUAAGCUAAACAAACCUGAAGUCAUGUCUGAGAAUUUGCUAGUUUUACAUAUUUCACAAUCAAAUGUCUUAAUUCCAGCAAUAUUUAUAAAUAUAUAUAUUGUAUAGAAUGCCUUUCAUUAAAAAAAUUAUGAUGGUGUACAACAACAUUUAUAAAAUGCCAUAAACACAGUACUAAAUAAUUAUAAAAAUUAUCGGUUUAUCUUAAAAAGUUUAAACCACUGAAUAGGUAUUUCAUAUUUUUUUAAGUCUUCAAGAAACUCCUGUAAAUUAGAAAUGAGGUUGUCUGCUGCUUCUCUGCUGGAAGAGUGUUCCACAGCAUGGGACUGGCAGCAUGAAAUGCCCAAUUUCUAGUGGAGGCCAGUUUGACUUCUGAAAUAUAGGGGGAAACUAACAGCACUGCUCCAGGUGAUCUUGAUGAUCAAAUCAGAAUAUAAGGGCUCAAGCGGUCGUUAAGGUAUCCUGGACACAAGGUGUCCAGGGCUUUGCAUUGCAAGGGGAUGGACUAGAUUACCCUGGGGUCCCUUCCAACUCUACAGUUCUAUGAUUCUACUAUUGAACCUGGCCUGGUAGCAUAUGGGCAGGCAGUGCAGAUCUUUUUACAGAGGUGUAACAUGGUUUUGGCCAUCUGCCCCCUUCAGUUUAGGCACUGUAUUCUACACUAGCUGGAGCUUCUGGAUGAUGCUUAACCUGUCCGCACAGACCACAUUGAAGCAAUCUUGUUUUUCCAUCACUAGUCUAUCAUGGUCCAGAUAGCUGGUGUACAGGUAAGUGUUGCUCAUGGCCCCACCAGUCAGUUUGUCACUUAAUGACAAAGUUGUGUCUAGGUUAGUAAGGCAGGAAUAACUUUGCAGAAACUAUGUUGAAUAUUCUUCAAACUUGUCCUUCUAUACAGUAUGCUUGUUAAUUUCAUCUUUAAUCAUGCUUGCCAACUAGUUUCCCCAGAAACAAAGUUCUGCCAACUGACCCAUAAUUUCCUGAAUCCUCCUAGAUACCUUUUAAAAAUUAGUUUGACUUUGACUACCUUCUAGUUCUCCAGUACAAAAGUUGAUAUUGGGGACAAGUCAGGUCAGUGUUCACAAUGAGAAUUUUGGGUUUAAAGGCAGGCGAUGGGCAACUCCUCAUUCAGUUUCUUGAUGAGAGAAAUGUGUGUCAUCAGUAGGAGAAUAGGCCUCCAGAUUCCUGCUACUGAGAAUGGCUGCCUUGAACUAUUGGGCUUGGCUGGGGGCAUCUAACUAUUCAAGCUGAAGAAGUUGCCCACCACUGAGGUAUAUGAAUGGAUGGGUACAGUGUGUUAAUAGUGAUUGCUAUUCUUGUUAUCUCUGGAAACUAGUACAGUUGUACCUCGUUUUGAGUCCAGGAUCCGUUCCAGAACCCUGGACGCUGGAUCAAAGGGGCGCUCGACAGAGUGUUGCUCUGCGCACACGCGUGCAGCAGUUUAGCACUUCUGCUCAAGCGGCAAACCCGGAAGUAACCUGUUCCGGUACUUCCGGGUUUGCUGUGGACGUUCCAUGGAAUGGAUGACCAACAGGGUGGACUUAAAACGAGGUACCACUGUAAUAUAAUAGUUUUGUCCUGCUUCUGGGUAGAAAUCAGUAAAAUAGUAAAGGUACAAAUAAAGCUGUUUAAAGAUGCAUGACAAGAGAUAUAGAGACUUCAUAUUUCACAGCCUUAAUUAAGUUUUGAAAUAGUUUUAGGACUAUUAACAUUAAACAAUGUUUAAUGUAAUGACAGAUGCAUGACUUAAUAUAUUAUUAAUAAAUAAGGUUGUAUCACCCUGUCUUUGACCAAUAAUAGAUAAUAGAAGAAGCAAAAUAAGUCAUUGUCACAACAGUAAAUGAUGAUGUCAAUAAGCCUAUAGUAAUGCGCCCCCCCCCCCAUGGAAGGCUUUCCAAUAAUUCCUUGGUUCUUAAGGGCUGGCCCAGUUUAUGAAAACACAUGCAUUUUACAAUCGGACUAUAACAACUGCUUUAUUAAUUGUGGUUUGUAGUUGCUUUUUACAGUCAUAUGAACUGGUUUUUCUCUGACUAUGGAACUAAAGCAGUUGCAGAACAGAAAAAUGCUUAAAAUAAUGUGUUUAUUUUUACUUCCCCUUGUGUGCCAUGAAUGUAUACUUAAAAGCUUUGGGAAUAAUAAUAAUUAUUACUGUUAAAUUUGAAUUCCACACUUCAUCCAAAGAUCCCAGGGCAGUUCACAACAGAAAAAUACAAAUGAGAAUACAAAAUACACAGUAAAGCAAAAAUAAACCAAUAACUCCCCUCCUACAAACACAUUUAAAAAGCCAUAUAAUGUUAAUCGAUUAGAAUGUAAUUAGUUCUGCUCCCUCUCUCUCUUUAGUUUAUAAUAUAGAGUGUCAGCAAUAUUUGAUUAUUCAUCCCUGAAGGUUAUCUGUACAAUAGCAAUGUUGUUGGGUGGUAAAUUAUUAUUUACAGUAUUGCUACAUCAUGUUUUCAGAAAGCCUCUUGAAUAACUUCUGAAUGGUAUUUCUGAGCCUCAUACAAAAGCCAUAUAAAUUCUAGGAUCAAACUAAAUAGUGCAAAGUUGUACUAAAUAUGUAUAACUGCUUACUAUUUUUGAGAAGUAUGGAAUAGUUGUUCAAGUUUAUUUAGGCUGUUAUCCUAACGACCCUUGACAGUUUUAUAUUGAAUUCUAUGUGAGUUCCUUCUGAAUGAGCGUUAAUAGGCUCUGAAUGUGUAAUCAAAACAUGCAUUUGACCAACUGUGUUACUCUGGGUGGUUGUUUUUUUUAUUAAAAAAACCCCCUCAUUUUCUUCCCCUAUCUCUCCACAGCAAUUUACAAUGCAGUUGUAACUAUGCCUACUCAGAAGUAAGUCCUAUUGAAUUCAAAGGAACUCCCAGGUAAAUAAGGUUAGGAUUUCAGCCUAAAUAUUUGAGAAUCCCAAGGAGUUUCCAUUGCAAAUUUAUCCCAUUAAAUAUGUGUUUAGUUUACAGACUUGCUCUCAGGUAGAUCAUUUCUCUUUGUGUGUGUGUUUCUUCUUUAUCUGCAAUAUAUAUCAGUCAUAAGCAGUGAUUCAUAAACGGCUGAUUUUUUUGUUUUGUUUUGUUUUUACAAUCCCACCUCCCACAGAGGCACCAAAUGUCUAUUUAAUUACAUUUAACUUUUAAGUCAUUUCAGGGUGGGUGUUUUUUAAAAAAAUGUCUCAAAUUGUCAUGUGUUCUCAAAGGCUGGAUCAUUUCUAUUUCUUGCUCUGCCUGAAGCAAGCAAAGGAGGAACUUUAGAAGGUGGGUUUGGAGCAGUAUGGAUCAUAACACAUGUGUACUUGUCCACCUACCCACAUAACCUUUCUCCUGCUUCUACACAGCACAGUAGAUGCAUUUUGUUUCCUGUGGAAAUGGAGGGGGAUCUGUAGUCCUUGUGAGAUAUAUGUGUGUGUGUGUGUGUGUGUGAGAGAGAGAGAGAGAGAGAGCAUGAGAGUGUGCAGUGUUUGAAACUCCCAUUGUUCUAGGCGCAUUUUGCGACAGGGAACUUCAUUAUCACAAGUAGUUUCUGAGCUCCGACCGCAGUACUGCACCUAAAAUUUCAGAUUAAAACUGCAGAGUGGAAGGAAAGGAGUACCUUUUUCUGCCUCCCCACUUCCAGCUACUCUCUAAAGACUAGAGAGGAGACCCUCUUAAGAAUAUUAGGGGGGUGGGCAGAGGAAUGACUAGACCAUAUGAAAAAUGAACAUAAUGUUUUAGCAGCAGGUUAUUCAUUUUCAGCUUUGUAUUCUUGUUAAAAAAAAGCACACCUAGACAUUCCCGUUGUUGUGCCCAUAACCUAGUUUUAAGUGCCAUUUAGCUCCUAGCUUUCAUAUCUGUUUCUAACAGUAUGUGAGAGUGUGUGUGAGAGAGUGGUAGAGAGGCAUUCCAGUGAAAUACAUUGUUAAUUGUGGGGUUUAUUUUAAUUUUUUGACUGAAACACAUUAGAUUAGGAAUAUUUUCCCCACAUGCUGUCAUUUGUGGGCUUUGCAAUAUGUGCUAUUUGAUAUCAACAGUAUCUAAAUCCUGUUUGGUGAACGUUAACAGCACAUCAUUCCUACUCAGUUAAUUUUGGUGUUGGUGGUCAUGGUGAUGGACUGGUGAUGGACUGGUGAGCAUCUGACUGUGUGUGCAAAUGCAUCUUUUAAUCUGUGUUAAUAAAUGAGUCCAGAAAUAAUAUUGGUUCUUUUUUUUAAAAAAAACCCUCUAAUUUACAACACCUAACCAGCAACUAGAAAAUGAAAGUUUUUAUUAACAGAACUUCUUAAAUAUAGGGAGAAAAUGUUUGAACUGCAUUUUGCCCUCUAAACAUCUGCAGUUAGAUAAGAGAACACAUUCACAGAUUCAGGAAGUAUAUGACACAAUGCUAUCAUAUGUUAACAGAUUAAAAGAAUAUUGGAUAUACUUGGCCCAAAUUGCUUAUCUGGUAGAAAGAAUUGCAGUACUAAGAAUAUCAAUAUAGUCAAGUUGUAUGGGAUCAAUUCCAAUCUGUUACCCCCGAGGAUGUGGACAGGCUGCUUGGACGAGUGAAACCAACCACUUGUCUCCUUGAUCCUUGCCCAUCCUGGCGUAUAAAAGCUAGCCGGGAAGGACUGGGCGAUGGGCUUCGUGGGGUGGUGAAUGCUUCCCUCCGUGAGGGAGCCUUCCCAGACCCGCUGAAAGAGGCGGUUAUUAAACCUCUUCUUAAAAAACCAUCUUUAGAUGCGAUCACGAUGGCCAACUAUCGCCCAGUCUCAAAUCUUCCUUUCUUGGGCAAGGUGAUUGAGCGAGUGGUUGCUGAACAACUCCAGGCACGCCUGGAAGAAGCGGACCAUUUGGAUCCCUUCCAGUCGGGAUUCAGGCCUCAUCAUGGGACUGAAACUGCCUUGGUCGCACUGGUUGAUGAUCUCUGGCGGGCUAGGGACAAAGGUGAGAGCUGUUUCCUAGUUCUGCUGGAUCUCUCAGCGGCGUUUGAUACCAUCGACCAUAACAUCCUUCUGGACCGUCUUGAGGGGCUGGGAGCUGGGGACACUGUUAUACAGUGGUUCCACUCCUUUCUCCUGGGCCGUGUUCAGAAAGUGGGGGGGGGGGAUGAGUGUUCAGACCCCUGGGCUCUCACUUGUGGGGUGCCUCAGGGUUCUGUCCUCUCCCCCAUGCUUUUCAACAUCUAUAUGCAGCCGCUGGGAGAGAUCAUCAGGGGGGUUUGGGCUGGGUGUUCAUCAGUAUGCGGAUGAUACCCAGCUCUACCUCUCUUUCAAAUCAGAGCCAGUGAAGGUGGUGAAGGUCCUAUGUGAGUGCCUGGAGGCGGUUGGAGGUUGGAUGGCGGCUAACAGAUUGAGGUUGAAUCCUGACAAGACAGAAUUACUGUUCUUGGGGGACAGGAGGCGGGCAGGUAUGGAGGAUUCCCUGGUCCUGAAUGGGGUAACUGUGCCCCUGAAGGACCUGGUGCGCAGCCUGGGAGUUAUUUUGGACUCGCAGCUGUCCAUGGAGGCACAGGUCAAAUCUGUGUCCAGGGCAGCUGUUUACCAGCUCCAUCUGGUACGCAGGCUGAGACCCUAUCUGCCUGCGGACUGUCUUGCCAGAGUGGUGCAUGCUCUGGUUAUCUCCCGCUUGGACUACUGCAAUGCGCUCUAUGUGGGGCUACCUUUGAAGGUGACCCGGAAACUACAACUAAUCCAGAACGCGGCAGCUAGACUGGUGACUGGGAGCGGCCGCCGAGACCACAUAACACCGGUCUUAAAAGACCUACAUUGGCUCCCAGUACGUUUCCGAGCACAAUUCAAAGUAUUGGUUCUGACCUUUAAAGCCCUAAACGGCCUCAGCCCAGUAUACCUGAAGGAGCGUCUCCACCCCCAUCGUUCUGCCUGUACACUGAGGUCCAGCGCCAAGGGCCUUCUGGCGGUUCCCUCAUUGCGAGAAGCAAAGCUACAGGGAACCAGGCAGAGGGCUUCUGGAUAGUGGCGCCCGCCCUGUGGAACACCCUCCCAUCAGAUGUCAAAGCGAUCAACAACUACCUGACAUUCAGAAGACAUCUUAAGGCAGCCCUGUUCAGGGAAGUUUUUAAUGUGUGAUUUUAGUGUAUUUUUGGUUUCUGUGGAAGCCGCCCAGAGUGGCUCGGGAAACCCAGCCAGAUGGGCGGGGUACAAAUAAUAAAUUAUUAUUAUUAUUAUUAUCACUACAGGAUAUAAACUUUGGGCUAACUAUUCAACAAAAGAGGAUGACUUGUAUAAAACCAUAUUGACUUCUUAAUGUGAAGAUUUAAAAAGUCAUUUACCAAUGAUAACUUCCAUGAAUGAGUGGUGAUUUGAAUCUCAUGCACAGUGCUAAUCACAAGUACUAUUGUAUGAAAGUGUACCAGUCUAGUGGGCACUAUAAUAAAUGUACAGAAUAUGUCAUUCUGUGGGUUUCCCCAUAGUGCAGGAGAAGCAGAUAGCACUGCAAGAUUGGACUUUAUAUCAUUGGCAGGGCUGUUUGUCUUCAUCCAUAAAUUCAUGUACAUUUCUCAAAGUUAGUGGGUAAACUUGUAUGUGCUGCAAAUGGUUUAGUCUGAGGUGGGGGACCCCCUUUUGGCCCAACAGGCCAUUCCCCCCCCCAACCAUGCCCACCUUCUCCAUGUGUCGUCAGGUGUGGGGCAGGUAGAGACACAACUGGAUUAGUUGUAUGACUGGGGUUACAUGUAGGGAACUCUAGUACACAACUAAUGGCUGGAGAAAGCAGGCUUGAACUUGCUGUCCAACCCACUUAUCAAUCAACUGAUGCCAUUACGACACCCUCUUGUCAAAGUUGACCUGCAGUGGUGGGGGGAGGUAAAGAUCUAUCCCAUCAGGCCAAAAAAGGAUCCUCACCCCACUUCAGUUCAUCAUUAAGUGGUUUUAUUCUGUGUUGGAUUGUGUUUAAUUUAAUUUAGCUGCCAUUUAAAAUACAAUAUUUUCUCAUGAGAGCUUACAAGAUUUCAGACAAUUUAAAAUCAUAUAAAUUGGGGAAAUUUUGCUUUCUAGAUGCUGAAUUACAACUCUCAUCAGCCCCACCAAGCAUGACCAAUGAUGGGGGUUGUAUUUCGGCAAUAUCUGGAGUGCCCAAAGUUCCCUACAUCUGAUUUAAAAUAAUCAUAGCAUCGAUAAAAGCAUUUCAACCCCUUCUAUAUCAGUUGGAUUGAGGGCAAGAAUACUGGGUAACAAUUUGUCACAAUUAGUGGGUAGCUAGUUGCUCUCAAGAGCAGAAGCUCUUUGGUUUGAUCCAGGGUUUCAGCACCCAAAAAAAGAGAGCAGAAGCUCUUACCCCUGCGUUUUCUAAACCAGGGGACAGCAAGGUUUAUCUUGCCUGGGCCAGAUCGGUCCCGCGGAGAUCCCUCCGUGGGCCGGAUCGCACAUGCAAGCGCCCACGAUUUUCAGCAUUGUGCAGACACGAUUUCCAGCGCCGUGGGAGCAAGUUGCUGCGCUGCGCCGGUUUAGCACAGCGCGCAAGCGGGCCACUCUUUUGGGGGUGGCUCAUGGGCUGGUCAAACAACCUCCGCGGGCCGCUAGCAGCCCAUGGGCUUUAGGUUGCUGACCUCUGUUCUAAGCUAUGGCGGUAUCUGUUUUAUGUGUUAUUUGUUAUAAUUUUUAUUCCUCACUUAUUUAAAGGACCUCAGAAUAGAAAUCAUUCCUUCACUCAUAUCCUCACAAUACUGGAGCUAUUAAUGUGAGGUAGAUUAGGCCAUGGGGGUUCUGAACUUGGGUCUCUCCCAUCCCUGUCCGUUGCUAUUGUCUACUACACCACAUUGGUUCUCAUCUCUCACUGCUUCAGGAAUGCAGCAGACUGUUGCGGUGGGUUGGCACUGGGCUGAUGAGCUUAUUAACCUGUUCCUCUCAUGCAGUUUUCCUACUGAAAUAUCCCCCUAAGGUGCUUUUAACCCAGAAGGGGAAAUACAUGUUUCAAGCAAGUUUAACUACCAGUUUUUACUAAAGAAUGGCAACAAUAGGUAAAAGAAAACAUAGUUCAUAUGGGGAUACUUCUUUAAAACAACAACAAAGGAAGUUGUGUUUGUAAUAAUUGUAUUUGAUUCUUAGUGUUUUUACAAAAAGCAACUUUGGUCUAAGUAUGGAUAUUAUCAUAAUUCUUUCUCCGACCUCACCCUGCCCAUUCAACAUCUAUUGAUAAGGAAAACAAAAAGGUGAAAACACAUUGAAGAGUCAGCUCUCCUUUGGGACAGCUUGGCAAUCUUUACUAUUCAAGAGAUUAUUGUGGGGACAUCUUUAACAAAAUUAGAAACUUAAUGUAAUCAGACUUUUAAUGUAAUUCAAUCUGUAUGUUUCUAACUUGUAUCAAAUAGUAGUUGUUUCUAGACUCUGGUGUUGUUUUUCAUUUGGCUGUGCACACUGUGUAUCAGGUUAUAACUGUUAGUGUUGAUAGCUUUCUUUCCAUAGACACUUACUUUAGUAUUGUUAGCAUUCAACAUGAUCACAUUAUUGAUGGUACUUUCCAAAAGCUGGUAAAUUAAAAUACCUACUUUUAUGUUAUGUUAAAACUGGUUUUUAGUACAACUGUAGGCUGAACAAAAACAAGCCAUGUACUAGCAACAAAUGCCUAAACACUAGCAGUUCAAAAGCAUGUCAAGUGCAAGUAGAUAAAUAGGUACUGCUCCGGCGGGAAGGUAAAUGCUGUUUCCGUGCACUGCUCUGGUUUGCCAGAAGCGGCUUAGUCAUGCUGGCCACAUGACCCGGAAGCUGUCUGCGGCCAAACGCCGACUCCCUCAGCCUAUAGAGCAAGAUGAAUGUGCAACACCAGAGUCGUCCGUGACUGGACCUAAUGAUCAGGGGUAUCUUUACCUAGUGCUUCCUAAAUAGUACAGAAAUGCACUUUUUAUAAAUAGGGUUUCACAAAUCAUUAUUUUAUUGUGUCUUAUGAAAUUUUGCUCUUCAGGUCAGUUUUCCUUAAAAUUCCAGAAUUAAAUAUGUGCUUGCAAAACAUAAUUGGUAUACAAAUGAUAAACAAGUAGGCAGAUAUAUUUUGCAGUGCAUGCUGCAGUAUGCGGUAAAUGUUUAGUAGCUGGUACAUGGUCAUGGCUGUAUACUGAGCACUUAAGAAGUCAAAAUAACUCAGAGUCUAUGCACAUGAAAGGUUUUUCUACCUGAUUUCUCCCCUCCAGUAUACCUUUACUGAGAGGUAGGGUGUUACCCAACACUGAGAGAAGCUAUAGGGAGGCACACAGGAUUAUGAUGUAGAAGAGGAAGUAUCAGGAUAUUCCCUUGCACAAGCAUCCUUUGUGCUGGUAUUGGAUACUGCCUAUUAAGUUAAAAUCAGUUGCACAAAUCUGUGACACAGUACACACGGCAUGAUACAUAAGAUGCAAUAGAUGAUAUGUUGUAUUAAUUAGUGUGCAAAUUAGAACUAUUUAGAUUCCAAAUAAUGCAGAUGAACAUUUACUCAAAGUAAUGCAUUUCUGCCCAGUAAUAAUAACUACUAGCCCUUGUAAAGAAUUUUGACCACUUUUAGUAUUCAAGUAUGUGUUCUCGUUUAUUGGUCUUAGCAUUGUGCAAAUCAAACACAUUAUUUUAUAAUUGUCUUGAUAAGCAGAUAUAAACUAUGUACUUUGAAUUGCAUGUGGGCUUCAUGCUCAGGAGUUUUAGGUUAUAGUCCUGGACUGUCGACUGUCUUGGGUAGCAUAAAGUGUGUCUUUGGUUGCAAACAUAUGUUUUAGUUGUUGUGGCAUCUAAUUAGUAUGCAUGGUUGUUCAGGAAUACAGGAAUUAGAAACUUAGAAAGUUGAUCUUCUUAAAGGUUUAAAUAAAUCAUGUCUGAUUUCUGUGACUGUAUGCAGGCAGAUAUGUAUAUUUUAGCUUUAUUUGCAGCAGCAGCACCCCAAAUAACUCUAGUCCAUAGAAGUUUCAUCAUUGAAAUCUCUCCACACUUGGGUGGCAUACAGGUGCCUGUAUCUUCUGAUUGGACAAAUUCGGGCUGCUGGUAUGCCACCCAGCUUGCUGCCCAGUCGCAUACCUGAAUAAUCUGGCAGAAGUGCUCUGAAGUGUGAUGCAGAAGAACCCCAGGACGCUGGUACUGGAAGUCAACAGUAUCCAUGCUAAAGUUACCUUGACUGAGCCAACUGAGGUCUUCAUGGCCUCUGUGGCAAACAUGGGGUUGUCCCAAGUUGUCAUUGACACAGCACAUACGAAAGUCUUUGGUGUGUGGGUGUGAGAGAGACAGAGAAUUGUGGUUAGACGAUUAUCUGGGGUAGUUUGUUCAUGCAUAGAUGUAGGACCCGUUAGGAUGAUUCAUCCUUAGGGAUUUGCAGAAUCCAAAGAAUUCCCGAAUGCUUUGCGGGAUUUUCCAGAAGCCAGAACUGGAAAUUCUGUUGACUCUUUGGGCUGUCUAUGAAAUGACAAGAUGUGCCGGGAAGUUGAUAUGAUUGCCACUGAAUGCCCACUCUGACACUUUGGAACCAUCCCUUUUCUCCCCCAGGAUGUUCCAAGAUAUGAAACAGGAUUUGUGAGGCUAGAAUGCAAGUGGCAUAAGAUUCAGUGUGAGGUUGACUGAACAUGUGCCUAUUGUCGUGCCUGUUGCAGGAGGUGAAGGUGGCAAAGAAGACUUACUUUGGUGCCUCCCUUGCAUUCUCAAGCGCCUGGCCAUCAGUGCUUUUCUGUGUGGUGAAGGGACCUUUGACACAUGUCCCAGGAAUAGUGUUGGAACCAACAGAGGCCUGCUGUGACAUGUUUGCCAUGUUACCAUAAUUACAGAGCUAGAUGAGGUGUCCCAACACAUCUUGCCCAAUUUUAUGGGAUCUAUUUUUCAUUGACAUGAUCUGAUAAUGUAGAUAAAGCACUUUCAGUGGUGUGGCCCACAGCUUGUUAUUCACAGUGGUUAUUCCAUGAACUGCCCUGAGACCCCUGGGUAUAUAAAUUCAAUAUAUAAUAAUAGUUCCCUCCACCCCUGCUGUGCCCCUGUAUUGUGGUAGCCCCUUUCUCUGCAAUAUGUGGCUGAGCAACCAUCGGCUGCUUCAGACAUCUUGUAAAGAUUGUGGUGCCCAGGUGGUCCCUGACUCAUAAGAUUGGACCCUGUUUUAUGUGUUUGAAUCCCCUGAAUUUGUUUUACUUGCUUUUAUAUCCCUGCAUAUACUUUUAUAAUUCUGCUUUAUUGGUUUUAGAUUGAAUUUUGUUUUAAUGAUAUUGUUUGUUUAAUUGUGUUGCUUGUUUUUUAUAUUGUAUACGACUUAGGAAUUUUAAAAAUAUUAAACAGUUUAUAAAUGCUUUAAAAUAAUUCACUUUAUUAUUUUACAGUAAUUCUGUGAUGAUGAUACUUGCAGAAAAAUACAGCCAAGGAAAGAUAGGCCAGAAGGCUUUUUCCUAGAAUUACCAUUUUUCUAGGUAAGUGAUUCCCUUUUUAUUUCAGUAAGUAGAUUGUUUUAGUACAAAAUAGGGCUUUGGUUAAUGAAUAUUAAUUAGAGAAUAGUUAAAAGGAUACAAAAUUGUUAGGAUUUGAUUGUACAGUAUUUGAGGUUGCAACCUCUUAAGCCCUGUUCCAGUACUGGUAAUGCCAACUUCUCCAGCCUAGGGUUUUAGUUACUAACAAACGUAUUUAGGAGCCGUCCCUACACUUAGCAUUCCUAUCUGGAGAAAUUGUGUGAGUGGAUUCAAAAUGCAUGCUGAGGGGUUGAUAGGUGCCCUUCCCAAUGCAAAUGGAGGAAUCUUAUAGGGGAAAAUAUAUGGGGCAUUCUUCCAUGUUGUGCUGAGAGCCUAACAAAGGCGGCAUUUUUUCAUCUCCGCCAAGCUAAGCAGUUGGCUCUUUACCUCUCUCGCCCUGACGUAGCCACUGUGAUCCACGCGACAGUCACCUCCAGACUGGAUUAUUGUAACUCGCUCUACGUGGGGCUGCCCUUGAGACUGACCCAGAAACUCCAGCGGGUGCAGAAUGUUGCAGCGAGACUCCUUACGGGGUCCUCGCUGCGAGAUCACAUUCACCCGGUGCUAUACCAGCUGCACUGGCUCCCGGUGGAGUACAGGAUCAGGUUUAAGGUGCUGGUUUUAACCUUUAAAGCCCUAUACGGCCUAGGACCCUCGUACCUACGGGACCGCCUCUCCUGGUAUGUCCCGCACAGGAACUUACGAUCUUCAAACAAAAACAUCUUGGAGGUCCCAGGCCACAGAGAGGUUAGGCUGGCCUCAACCAGAGCCAGGGCUUUUUCGGCUGUGGCUCCGAUCUGGUGGAACACUCUGCCACAAGAGAUUAGGGCCCUGCGGGACUUGACAUCUUUCCGCAGGGCCUGCAAGACAGAGCUGUUCCGCCAAGCCUUUGGCCAGGGCACAGCCUGACUCCCUCCUUUGGCAAUCUUUACAGAACUCUGCCCAAUGGUUGCCAUCAAUUUGAUUUGAAGUAAUUUUUUAAUGAAAUGAUUUUAAAAUGUUGUCUUAUUUUAUUGUUGUUAGCCGCCCUGAGCCCGGCUUCGGCUGGGGAGGGCGGGAUAUAAAUAAAAAAUUAUUUAUUUAUAUUUGUAACUUUGAGAGAUUGAUUCAUAUUGUAUGGCUAGGCAAUCUUUGUACCCCCUAUAAUACUGAUUUUAUAAUUAAAAAUAUAGGCAGAUGCAUUCCCUUCUUUAGAAUAAUAAAUUAGACAUCAGUGUUCUGUAUUUUACCUCAAGUGCCUGUAUUAUGAAAGGUAGUUGAGAUGGGUAGGAGCCUUUUGGGAAUCUCAGAACCAACCUCUGACCUUUAAAUUACACAUUUCAUAUCAAACUUUAUAUUUGGCAUUCAAUAGACAUGCAGAUGAAGGAAGAUCUGUAUCAGACAGAUCCUUUAAGCUUCCAAUAGAUUCUAAUACAUGCAUGUCCAUCCCCACCUCAUCAUCUUUGAUCCCCUCAGUUCUGCAGUCCUGAGGCAACUGGCAAUUGGAACAGUGGAUUCCUUCUGCCAGGGAUGGAGUAGCAUGCACUUCGGCUGCUGUAUGGGAUCAAACCGGUCAUCUCUUUGCCACAAUCUUUCUGUAAAGCAGGGGCUGCUGCCUGCCAGUGCCAAUGUCAAAAGCCAGAGUGCACUUUCUUUUACUUUAGUGAUCCCAGGACAACUGCAAUUGAGCAGUAAGGCUGAGAAAAAAAAUGUCAUAGAAAUGUGUUACAAGCCAGCAGGAUGUAGUAGUUGACAUUAAUGUAAGAUCAAAGCGACCCUGGUUCAAAUCCCCACUCACCCUAAUCUACUUCAUAGGAUAGGUAAAGAACCAUAUAUACUACCCUAAGCUCUUUGGAGGAAUGGCAGAUACAGUUAUAAUUAUAAGGAGAAACAGGUAAGGGAGGAUGCAAAGUGGCCAAGAGAAAGCGUUCUUAUAAAAAUGAACUUUUCUAUCCUUUAAUCAAUCACGUUCCAGCCUUGUCACAUAGAAAUAUAAUGCCUGAACAGUACUUAUGAAUGCAAAACAAACUCAGUGUGGUGUAUAAAUAAAAUAUAAGCCUGUAACAUUUUGAAACUUUAUACAAAUAAUUGCAUCUCCUAGCCAAGCGGCCAAUAACAUGUUCAUAUAUAGUAAUAUUGACGGGUUUAUGUAUGUAUAUACCGGUAAGUGCAAAUUGCAUAAGACAGAUGUCAAUGUCUAAUUGAGGCAUGUUUUGACUAUGGAGUCUUCUUCAGUGGCAGAUAUUGAAGGGCAUAAGGAAACAAAUUAUCACUGUCAGAAGAAAACUUAUUUGGGGGUUCUGUAUUGCUGCAUUUUGGAAGACUGUAAGGUAUGUAUUUUUCAAUCAAUAAAGGAAUUUUGUUGCAGCAUGCUAUAAAUAUGAUCAUGCACUCUUGUCUCCUGCCCAAAAUAAUGUACUUAAUUGUUUGUCUAUUUAUUGAUAUAUAUAUGCAUACUAGUUUGUUAUUAUUAUAAUUAUAUAUAAUAACAUUAUUUGUCUGAAUUUAUUUGUUAUAAAGUUUCAUUUUAAGUUUCUUUAUAUACCGUAUUUUUUGCUCUAUAAGACUCACUUUUUCCGUCCCAAAAAGUAAGGGGAAAUGUGUGUGCGUCUUAUGGAGCGAAUACAGGCUGCACAGCUAUCCCAGAAGCCAGAACAGCAAGAGGAAUUGCUGCUUUCACUGUGCAGCGAUCCCUCUUGCUGUUCUGGCUUCUGAGAUUCAGAAUAUUAUUUUUUCUUGUUUUCCUCCUCCAAAAACUAGGUGCGUCUUAUGGUCUGGUGCGUCUUAUAGAGCGAAAAAUACGGUAAGUUACAGGUUUUCAUUUUGUUUAUAAGCCACCUUGAUUUUGUUCUGUAUUCAUCCUGAUGUUAUAUUUGCCUGCCUCCUUCUUUCUUCUUCUUUCCCACAGGGCAGGUCAUGUCCAAUGUCCUUUGUAGUAGGGGCAGUCCUGGAGCUGGCCCUUAUGUUGUCAUUGCCCCUCUCGUACUAUUCUGCCCACGCACACUUCAAUGCAUCCCCCAUAAUCCAUACUUCAAUGCAUUGGCUGAGCAGCCGACAGUUGUUUAAAAGCUAAUGUACUGUGUGAACCGAAAAGAAUAUAGCUCAACUUCUUUUUGAAAAUAAAUCGCUUUCCUUUCAGGACGAACAAGAUUAAUUUAUCUCAUUGCAAGUUUUACAUGUCAUAUUUGCCCCUUCACUACCAUGCAUAAGUAGCUGCUGCUGCUCCAUGGAAAAGUGAAAGAUAAAUAGUAUACAAUAUGCAGAGUUUUCAGGGGGGAAACUGUAGACGAAAACUGGAUAAUUAAGCUCCUUGAUGCUAACUGGGUUUUAAAGAGUGAAUCAAACAAGUGUCUUGUUUUGGUUUCUCUGUACCUUGUUAGCUGGUGCAAUUCUCCCUGCACCGACCUUGAAACAAAACUAGAGAUUGGUUACAUUCUUUGGCUUUGUCCUUUUUCUAAGAACAAUACAAGAUACUUUUCUCAGGGCAGUUGAAGACUCAACCCAACCUUUUACUGCAUGAAGUCUCUGCCCUCCCCCAGACAUUUAGCUUUGAUAAUAGAAUAAAAAUCACCUUACAAUCCAGGGCUUAUCCUAUGUGCUCCUUUCUUUUAAUAACGCUAUGUCUACCUGAGAAUCAAAUGUACAUUUGUUUUGACCUUGCUCCAUUUGGUAUGGAUUACUUUGACCUAUUAGGGCUCAUGGUUACAAACAAUAAGAACUUUAGUUGUACACCAAACACUUGGGUUGAUUCAUACUUGCAUUGUUCAAAAUAUUAGGCACAAAUUAAUAUUAUUAGCUUCCAUAGCCUGUGUUCAAUUAGAUUUUUUUUUAAUAACCUGUGAAAAUAAAAGCAUGUCCUCUUAAAAAUCUUUUAGGAGCCUCUUGCAAAGCAGUAUUGA